AUGUUUUUGGUUUCAUUUCCACGCUGACGCCAGAGCUGCGUGGAGUGCUUGGUAAUUUCUUUUGACUGAAAUCUUUUGUAACAUUAUUUGAGAGAGUAAAAUCUGCUACAAACGAUCUUCCCAAGAUGUUUGGAAAUUUGUAUGAAGACCCAAAAUGGUUGGGGUACUUGGAGGCCUACGACAAAAAGCUAAGUAAUGCCUUAAACGAGGGGCGCUUUGUCGACUGCCGAUUUUUGGUUGGCCCAAACAAAGGAGAUGCGGAGAUCAUCUGUGGCUACUCAGCAUUGAUGAGAGCGGCAAGUGAGAAAUUUGAUCAAUUAAUUUCUGCUGCUGGACCUUUGACUUCUUUGACGGGCUUAAUAAGAAUUGAAAACGUUGAGCCGAACAUCUUCAAAAAGAUAAUCGAAUUUAUUCACAUCAAAAUAAAUAUCACUAGCGACAUUAGUUGCGCAAAGGACGCGGUUGCUUUGAUUUUGGCCGCUGACGAAUAUCAGAUUGAGCCACUCAAGUACGCUAUGUGCACUGUUCUUGAAGGUCUGAUCACCGUGGACAACGUGUGGCUCAUUCUAAACACAAUAGGGCACAUCCCUGAGGCUGUCUCCAGGUGUACUGAGAUUUUAUGUAAGGAGACUUUACGCUGUCUGCAGCAUGAAACAUUUAAAAUUGCUAAUGAGACGAGUUUUACCGUUUUGUUAAAACUUGACAAUUUGAACAUCAAUUCAGAAUUGGACCUCGUUGAAGCGAGCAUUAAAUUGAACAGAUUCAGGCCUGCAGCGCCACUUGUCAGCUUGGAAGAGAACGUGGUGAGGAUGGCUCUGCCAUACCUUCGCCUUUUGACUUUAAACACCGGCCAAAUCGCUUGCAUUUCCGAGUUUCUUACUCGCGAGGAGCGUUUCGCGUUGGCCAGCAAAAUGGUCUUUAAGGAGGACCGGUCGGUCCUUCCUCCAAAACUGAAUGGCAACACGCAGCCACGAAACCGCAACAAGACCUUAGAAAUGAUGAAAAAAGGCAAAGUGAUGCUCGUGACCGAUGAGUUGAUUAAAUUGAAGCAAAUGACCAAAAGUACCUUGUACAAGGUGACAACUCAAUUCGACAGAAACAUCAUGACCUUUCGAGCCUGCCACAAAAUGAGCGUUACCGCUGUCGAAAUUAUCACCCAGGCGGUUACAAAUUGGAACACGAGAUUCCUUUCUGAAGGAAAUGAGAGGAACAAAAUUUUGAAAAAUCGGCGAGAAUAUGACGAAAACUUGAGUUUCGUCUAUAGGUGUUGGGAUGGCCACGUGUGCAUAUCCAAAGGUGAACUUCCUUGGGCAGGCAAGGUGAACUUCAAUUCAACGCAAGUCGUCACCUUCAAAGAGGCAAUACUGAUUCCAAAGGGCUGCUUUUUUCACUUGACGAUUUAUUUCAAGCAAGGAGCGACCUAUCACAUUAUCAGCCGCGAGAAGUUUAUUCGCGGAAAUUGCUGUGCAGUCAAUGAAAAGAAGGAAAUCAUUGCUGACUGUAUCACUUGGAAACACGAAAGGGUUUACAAAAACUGGGCAAUUCAUGGUGAUCAGCAUGGUUUCCAUUUUAAAUGGAAUAUAGGUGACAAAAAAGCCGCCUGUAUCAUUAAAUCCAUUCAUUUCACUGUUCUGGAUUAAUUCGAUAAUAAUUUUGCACAACCUCAGAGAUUAUAUCGUUUUGCAGAGUUUCAUUUUAAAUUUAAUUUUUUAUUUUUGCAUAUAAUAUAUUUUCAUCAUUAUAACAUUUUAUUGAACUUUUUAUAUGUUCCCAGAAUUCACAGCAGUUGAUUUAAUAAAGAAUAUUUCAAACAAUGCAUUACUUAUAAAAAUUUUAGACAUAACUAGAAGAUAAAAUGUGAGUGUGGAUUAAGAUUAAAAAAAGGAACACAACUAUAGGGGCUAGUUAUUUUAAGGAUUGUAUUUGGUCUUUUGAUGCUUUUUAUGAAUAUCGAAUAAAAAAUUAUUACGUAAAAUUAUGUUUUUAAAGCUUUGCUUCCAACAAUUAAGUUUAUGGAUAUGUUUUGCUCACUUUGCGCGAGGACUGUUUUUCUCAGACCGUUUCUGUUCAUUAAUUUAUGGAGCCUAACAAUACGCAGCUAUAUUUUUUUUUUCAAAGAAUUACAUCAUCACUCAGAUUCCCACUAUGCAGCUAAAAGCGUUGCUUCUUUAUAAGUUUUACGCACUUAAAAUAUAUUUUUCUUUUUGUUGGAGGUUCUGAAAAUAUUUGUACCUUAAUCAAUUGUAAACACAUGUAUAAUUAUGCACAAUAAAAUUAUGACCAUUAAUUUUCUUGCUUGGAAAUAUAAUCUUAUUAUUUUUUUACAGCUCUGUAUUGAAUCAUUUCUUUUUAUUUUUGAUCAAAUCUUUCGUUUGAUAAUUUGAUUGAUUUAUUGAAAUCUGAUUUUACAAUAAAAUAUUAAUCGUUUAUUACCUGGAUAUUAGCAAGGUAUGCUUCACGCGCAGUUGCUACGUUGGGCAGGAUGCAUAAAUUCAGAAAAUUUAUAUUUAAAACAGAGAUGAUUUUUAAUUUGUUAAAAUAAAUAAUAUAAAUUUACUAUAAGUUUUUAACAACGAGUGGAUAUAUUUUCUUGUAGCCAAAAGCAAAUUUGUGAAUAAAAUAUAUAGAGGAAAGAUUCCAAAGCUGAGUGAAGUUUAACAAAGGGAAGAUCCUGUGUUUAAUAAUCGAAAGCCGUCAAAAUAAACUUUACAUCAUUUUAUUUUUAAAUCUAAAAAU